ACAGAGAGAGACAGAGAGAGAGAGAGACAGAGAGAGAGAUGCUGAAACUGACUCUGCUCUCGGCCUAUCAGAGCAUCCGCCUCACCUCCUCCUUGCAUCUGGGCUCUGUGAUUGGCUGGUUGGAGAGAGUGAGAGAGUGAGAGAGUGAGAGAGUGACAGGAGAGAAGAAGCAGAAGCAGAAGCUGUCAGAUGAGGACAGCUCUGCUCUCCACACCUCCGUCUCUCUCUCUCUCUCAGUUUCUCUGUAGCCUCGCUCGCCCCUCUCUGCUUCAGCCAGCGCUCGCUCGCCCGUGUUGCUUUCUGUUUGAGAGAGAGAGAGAGAGAGAGGAGGUUUACUGCGAUGGACCUGCUGCCCACCGACUGCUAUUACUGCUGCUGUUUACACCGCGGCAUCAUGGGAGCUGUAGUCUCCUCUGCAGUGCAGGAGCACAGCUGAUUGGCCCGGGGAUUGUGGGUUAUCAGAGUUUGGAGAUGUGAGCUGGUGGGCGGACGAGGCUCACCAAACUCUCUCUCUCUCUCUCUCUCUCUCCUGUAUCUGAUCUGUUCAUCUUUCCUUCCCUCCCUGUUCUUCUUCUCUUUCUUCUUUUUUUUUUAAAUCACUCAAUUUUUCUGUGCGAGGAAAAGUCAGGAUGGGUUGUCGUCUCACUCGGACCAAGGCCAAGACUCAUGAACCUUCUCAUCACCGACACCGAGAGGAGCUGCACUUUGUGGACGAGUAUGGCCAGCCAAUCACUAUGCAGGUGGAGGGGAGAAGGGGGCGUGGCCACAGGCGGCGGCAGUCUCGUUGUGCGAUGGAGUGCAGCGCUCCAACAGAAAGACACUGGGAGACCCUGAGAGUCAUGGGACUGAUGGAGGGAGACGAACGCCAGGGAGACAGCUACAGUGCAGGGUCGGUACUCUUGGAGCAAUGGGACAAAGACAUGAUGCCUUACUAUGGUCACAUGACCGUGUCACCUGACCUAUACUCCACCAGUAGUCGCAUGAUGAUGUCGCCUGAUAUCUAUCCACCCAAUGGCUACCUGCCAAGACUGUCGAAUGACCAGCACCCGGGUCAUACCUACCUGCCCAGUGUCUCCUACAGUUUGGAUCACCUGGACAGACUGGACUACCAGGUUCCAGAAAUGUUGCCCUACCAGCCUAACUCCGAGAGCUGUCUGAUUGGCUGCUACAACACAGAAGAGAUGGAGCCAAAGGAUUUCAGCAGACAGUCCGACUAUCGUCCUCCUUGGAGGUCUGAUCGUUUUCUUGGAUACCUUCCCCUGAGUGAGCUUGACAGCGGGCUGGGAUGUGGCCCUGACAGCCCACACCACCGGGUGGCGUUCUCCGAGGCCGAGACAGACGCCAUGUCAUCGCUGCCAGGACACACCCCUUCCUCCCAAGGCUCCUCCUCUUCCUCCGAGUCCCUGAUCUCCUCCGAACCCAGCGACUCAGGCUUCCACAGCGUCAGCACCGGGGAGCACCGACGACUGCAUAAGAUUCAUGGAAGCCACGCCCACCGACAGACCCACCAUCUCCGUUCAGGCCACUCCCCUCGAGAGCAGAGAGGACGCUGGGAUUUGGAGUCCAUCCCUGAGACAACCCCAAUGACUCACUCUGGAGCGCCACAGGCAUCCCGCUGCACUGUGGGUAACAGCACGACCACAACAGUUCACUUCCACAGAGCCGAGAGGAGUCCCACCUUACCUCGCCACCGCUCGCCACCUUCUCCUUCUGUUGGUUGCCGUACUGAGCCCUGCCAGCGGAGGGCGCUGUGGUUGGAGCAGCAGCAGGGAGGAGGCAGGUUGAUGGAGGCUCCAGGGAGGAGUCGAACAAUAACAGAUUUGACCGAAGGACAGCGCCGCCGCAGGGCGAGUCACCCCAUCGUGACAAAUCCAGACCGACAGAACAGCCAACCGGAUACAAGCAGCAACACGAUGGGGCCGAGGAGCAGGGCCAGUUAUCCCAGUAACUGCCACCCCACCAGUCACCUCAGCAUAGACAGAACCAGUCUGCCCAGUCAUCAGAAUGCACUGAGAAACAGCCAGGGAGCAAACCGGAGCAGAGAGGAGGAGUCCCUCUCCAAGAGUCCUGGGUCCGGCUCCAGUGGAGCAUCAGACUGGCGCGGCUUUCAGACCCUCGGGAAUCGUACCGGCAACUCUAAAGGUUCCUCUGUUCCCUUCUACAGCACACUGGGAGCGCCACAACGUAGCCCUCACUCGCCACCCUCUCCCCGCUCCAGACUGUCCAAUCAGAAGUCAGUCAGGAACCAGCUGCUCAGAGCCCGAGCCUACAGAUUGGCCAGGGAACGCAGUGAGGUCACGACGGACGAGGAGGUGCGAGGCGAUGGAGAGCGAGAAGGCGAUGAGGACGGAGAGGACGGGCGGUGGGCGGGGCGAUACUGGAGCCGGACCGAAAGGAGACGCCACCUGGCGUUGUCGCGACAACACAGAGAGAGGAGAGUUGGAGCGGAGGAGCAGGCCGGCGGACUCCAGGGGGCGCUGUCGUCUCAGACGGUGCUGGAGCUGAGUCACAUGAAGCAGAACCGACUGAGGAACAGCAAGCUGCUCGAUGAUUGGACGACUGUGGAGGAGCUGCUGACUCACGGGACACGGGUGGAGAGCGACAGUCAGCUCUGCCCCAGCCCUCUGUUAUCGGUUACUACUGUCUGAUGGGAAGAACCUCUGACACAGACUCCGGUCCAGAUUCAUUCAGAGUGCUGACAGAGGGCAUGAAUCUACUGAUCAUCAUGUUUACCAUCUGUCCUCCAAGUCUGUCCAAGAAUUCCAGUCACAGUCUCAUGUCCCUUGAAAACUUGCAAGCUAGGGAGCUCAUUAGCUGUAAUUACUUAAUUUAAUCAGUCUCAUUGAAAUCUUCAGGGGACGUGGGCAAAAAUCCAAAAUCCAUGUGCACAAAAAAACUACCUGGUGUGCAGCAGGAACGAAACCCUAUAUCAGCUUAGGUGGUUUGUGAUUAACAUAACCACUACGAAACAAUCAGAAAGCUCCCUCUCCUUAAACCACAGACCGAGUCAGACUCAGACUUAGAAGGUGGUUCAUGAAACAAACCAAACCAGAACACAACAGGUAGAGUCAUAGUCAUAGUUUGGUCCAUGAGUCCACCUGGAGCGCGCUCAGUUUCAGUCACAUUUCAGAUGGUUAGCAGGAUAGUUUCCGGUGUCUCUUCCAUAGAUCCAAAAUCUCUUUUUCAAUAAGACCAGAAUCCCGACCACACACACCAAAAGUGCGACAAUCAAAACAAGAAGCGACUGGAUUUAUACUCUGAUUUAAAGUCUGAUUCCAUUCUGACUCUGUGACGUUAAAAUAAAAACACACCUUCAGGCCCCAUAUACUCUAAAAUGGGAGAUAAAUCUGUGCCACAAUCUUAAUGAAUCUGGAUCUCAGUCGUGUUGUUUAAUAUCUGUCUCUGCAAAGGGUCAGAAUUAGAAGAAUGAUGUAGGAACGUCAUCAAAGCUACCAAGGAAAAUGACCAACAAAGUUUUCUGCAGAAAAGGUUGAACUGAAUACAAAUCAUAAGUAUGACAAUCGAACCAACCUCAGAGAAACAAAGCCAACACAUCGUCUGACAAGAACCUCGAUUGCUGAGGUUUGUAACGAAGCUUCAGACUGUGCAGCGUUCACAGACUCACUGAGCGGACCGGACGGUUUCUUCACACCGGACCGCCUGUGACUGAAAUAUCAGCGAUCGGUGAAACAGUGUCUCCAUCUCCUUUUUCUGGAUUCUCUGCCUUGUUUCAGUCUCUGUGCCAUAAAAACGAGGAGAGGUGGACGCUGUGUUCACUCUCAGCUUGUUGGAAGGAUUUCUGCACCUUUAUGAUCAAACAGCCUCGAAGACACUGGUGUCCACUUUGUCCGGUUCCUCCUGAGUGAUAUGUGUAAAUAAAUGAACUGGGUUUGUAUCUCUGAAGACUUCUGCUGCGUUUAGUGGAUUUAAAGAUCCGUUAGAGGGUGAACGUUGGUCUGUUGCUCCGCAUGUCAUAAAUCAGAAAUCACCAUGUUUGUUCACUUCUGUGCUGAGAGUUACAUGAGAAGAUCGAUUAUAUCUGUAGGUGAAAUAUGAAGCUACAACAAAUACAGUUACUUUAGCAUACAGACUGGACACAGCGAGCCCGACUAGAAGAAAGUCCUUGUAAAACUUGGAACGUUGUUUUUGCCGUUUGGUUUCUGUGUCGAUUAAACAAACGACAUAUCAGACGUUGAUCAUAAAUCUUUCCAUGAUAGUUUCCUUCAUUCUGUAAAGCUGCAUUUGUCUCUUCACACUGAUACAACCUUUGAUAAUAUUAAUGAUGAGGCUGCUAUUACAAAAAGUGUUUGCUGCCUGAGGUGAGAAAAUAUGAGAAAUAUCAGAUAAAUCUGUAAUGUAUGCACUGACACCGAUAUCAGCUGCACCAAUCGAUAUAUCGGCUGGGUCUAGUUAUUUAUGGAGCUUUAGAUGGAAACAUCUGAUUCACCUCAUGAGCAGCCAGGCUGGAUGUCUGCAGACUUUGUGCUAAGCUAAGCCAAAGCGCUCCUGAAUGCAGCUUCCUGUUGUGGUGUCGAUCUUCUCAUGUCAACUCGCAUAUUUCAUAACACACCGAACUGUUUGUGACUCGGUACAUAUCAGCAACACUUCAACCAAACGAUGGAACUUUUUAAAACUUUCAUCCAGAUUCUGUCAAAGAUUCUUCAGCAGGAGCGUUCACACAGACAUGCUGCUACGAGCCGAUAUGAUUUCAGCUUACGGAAAUGUUCAUCGGGGUUCAAUGUUACGAUGUGAUAACGUGUUACAUGAGGAAACUGUUCAAUGCAAUUUUGUUAAAAAAAGAAGAUGUCAGUUUAUUUUCAUAUUCUAUCGAGGUUUGGAAGAAACGAAGACCUGAAGAGUUUUCAGGUCACAAAGUUUGACUCGUGAAAUGAAUUUAUUUCUUUUCUAAACUGUGUGUGUGUGUGU